AAAGUAGAUUCGACGGCAAGCAAAGUCAUCCACAUUCUUGCUCGAUAUCUUCCUUUCGAGAGAAGCGUGCAGCAACCGGCGAUCAGUGCACCUCGAUGAGGCCGCCUACCCCACUCUCCACAACAGCACUGCAUCCCUCCACUUCCCCUACUGUUGUGAUCCCAUGAUGAAGCCAUUGCCGAUCGGAUGCCAGCUCAAACCUCAUCAUCUACUCCUCACCGACGACGUUUCCCACUCUCCUAUAAAUCAGCAGACCCUCCCGAUCUUUCUGCACCGUGAGCAGUCAUGAAGCCCCUCUACUCCAUCUUAGCUCUUCUCCUCGUCCUCUUCGCCUCUUCCUGCCUCCAAGCCACCAUGGCAGGCUCAGCGUUCUGCGAGUCCAAGUGCAAGGUGAGGUGCUCCAAGGCGAGCGUUCAGGACCGGUGCCUCAAGUACUGCGGGCUGUGCUGCGAGCAGUGCCGGUGCGUGCCAUCGGGAACGUACGGACACAAAGAUGAGUGCCCCUGUUACAGGGACAAGUACACAGGCAGUGGGAAGAGGAGGCGACCCAAGUGUCCUUGAUCGAACACCUUUGCGGCAUCUCCGUAUCUUUCGAUACUUCUCAAUGGAUUAUGAUGAGAUAUACGUAUAUACAGAUAUGUUGUGUGUGUGUUUAUAUAUACAUAAAAAAGAGAGUGAUAUGUUGUCGAUAUAUUUCAUACAAAUAAAUAUUAAAAAAAGCUUUCCACAAGUAUAAAAUGAAACAAA